GUCAAAUCUCUCACACCCAUUUUCCACUGACCAAAUCCAUCCAAGUUGAAGGUGAAAUUAUUUUCCUUCUUCGUCCAUUAGACUGAACAGCGGUUUGUCCCCGGUUGUUUUUCCGUUUUCGCUAACAUUCCGCCACGGUAACAUUCAUCAUCAUGUCUUUAUUCGGCGAGGUUCCCCAAGCCACCCCAGUGGCGGUCUUCAAACUGUCGAAUGAUUUCAAAGAGGACCCGAACCCCAUGAAGGUGAACCUCGGAGUUGGAGCCUAUAGGACAGAUGAGGGCCAGCCCUGGGUGCUGCCCGUGGUUAAGAAGGUGGAGAAGAUCAUCGUAGCAGACAACAGUCUGAACCAUGAGUACCUGCCCAUCCUGGGUCUGCCUGAGUUUAGGUCCUCUGCAUCCAAGAUCGCCCUGGGAGAAGACAGCCCUGCCAUCCAGGAGAACAGGGUGGGAGCGGUGCAAUGUCUGGGGGGUACAGGUGCUCUGAAGAUGGGGGCCGAGUUUCUCAGACGCUGGUACAACGGGAACGACAACAUGAAAACACCUGUCUACGUCUCAGCGCCUACCUGGGAGAACCACAACGCUGUGUUUGCCAACGCUGGGUUCGAGGACGUCCGUCCCUAUAAGUACUGGGACGCAGAGAAGCGGGGACUGGAUCUUGGCGGUUUCCUAGUUGACCUGGAGACUGCACCAAAGCAUUCCAUCUUCGUUUUGCACGCUUGUGCCCACAACCCCACCGGCACAGACCCUACACACGUAGAGUGGAUGCAGGUGGCUGAGGUCAUGAAGAGGAGGAAGCUGUUUGUGUUCUUUGACUCUGCGUACCAGGGCUUUGCGUCAGGCUGUCUGGAUAAGGAUGCAUGGGCAGUGCGCUACUUUGUCACCCAGGGCUUUGAGAUGUUCUGUGCCCAGUCCUUCUCCAAGAACUUUGGCCUUUACAAUGAACGUGUGGGGAACCUGACCGUCGUAGCUCGGGAUGCUGACAACGUGAGGAGGGUUCUGUCUCAGAUGGAGAAGAUUGUCAGGGUAACCUGGUCCAACCCUCCCUCCCAGGGUGCCAGGCUGGUCGCCAUCACACUCAACACAGCUGAACUCUUGGCUGAAUGGAAGGAUAAUGUGAAGACCAUGGCAGACCGUGUGUUGUUGAUGAGGGCUUCACUCCAGGCUAAACUGCAGGCUCUGGGAACGCCAGGAACAUGGGACCACAUCACACAGCAGAUCGGCAUGUUCAGCUUCACUGGCCUCAACCCUAAACAAGUGGAGUACAUGAUCAAGGAGAGGAGUGUCUACCUAAUGGCCAGCGGUCGUAUCAACAUGUGUGGUCUGACCACUAACAACAUCGACUAUGUGGCCGAGUCGAUCCACAAGACUGUUGUCAACGUCAUGUAGAAGACUACAAUGCCCUUAGCACUGCCCCCCCGUCCACCAGCAGUGUGUGUGUAUAGUGUAUUAGACCAAGGGGGAGCAAAGUACGGCCCACGGGCCACAUCCGACCCGCGAGACAUUUACAAAAAAUAUAUAGAUAUUUUUUUAAUAUUUUUUUCUCCCCAAUUUUGUGGUAUCCAAUUGGUAGUUAUAGUCUUGUCCCAUCGCUGCAACUCCCGUAUGGACUCCGGGGAGGCGAAGGUCUAGAGCCGUGCUUCCUCCGAAACACGACCCGACCCAGCCAAGCCGCACUGCUUCUUGACACAAUGCCCGCUUAACCCAGAAGCCAGCCGCACCAAUGUGUCGGAGGAAACACUGAACACCUGGCGGCUGUGUCAGCGUGCAUGCGCCUGGCCCGCCAAACGAGUCGCUAGAGCGCGAUGGGACAAGGAAAUCUCGGCCUGCCAAACCCUCUCCUAACCUGGACGGCGCUGGGCCAAUUGUGCACUGCCUUAUGGGUCUCCCAGUCACUGCCAGCUGUGACAGAGCCUGGGAUCGAACCCAGGUCUGUAGUGGCACCUCAAGCACUGCGAUGCAGUGCCUUAGACCGCUGCAUCACUCGGAGGCCCCCGCAAAUUGAUUUUAACAAACAAUUGGUCCCCCAAGAAAUGCGGCCCUCCAUUGAAUUUCAAAAUCCCAAUGUGGCCCUCGAGCCAAAAGUUUGCCCACCCCUGUGUUAGACCAAACACACAGAAGCCCCCUUCCUAACUCCCAGCGCACAACUGUAUGCUGAGCUGAUGAAGUCACUGCCGGUCUACAGAUAUAUUCUAUUUUAACCCUUAAACUAAUGCACAAGGCAGCGUAACAGUUAAAGAGAAGUGUAAAUAAUUUGUCUGUGUGUGUCUUCAUCACUGCUGCUUGCAGUGGAGAGAUGUGUCAUUUUCCUUUGACUGUUUGUGUUCAGUGGUGUCAUGAAUAAGCAGUCUGUGUCAGGACAUUGUAGGUGCUGUGUGGUUCCACACUAAGGCACUGACCGGCUGUCUCUCGACACUUUGAGAUGGCUUCCUUUCCUCAUCUCCUUCAUUAUAACUGAUGUUUCUUCCACCUGUCAUGUUCAGCCAGAUCAGUGAUCAUGGAGGGAAGGACACAAGAAAGGAGGUAUGGAAAAUAAGCUGUAGUGUUUAAACUAUUGAGACACAGGCCAAGUGUAUCUGGGUGUAUUAGACUCGCUCCAGCAGUGCUGGUGAUGAUGCUCUUCCAUUGCUUAAUCAUUUUAUUAACAUUACCAUGUGAUUAGUAUUGCUGGGGUCGUUCUUGAAUUGCGGUGGCAUUGUGGCCUGGCAUUUUGGCCAAAAAUUCUACUUAAUUAUUCUAUAUUUUUUUUAUUUAAAUGUAUUUUAGUAUAUCUUCCCAUUCUAAAUCAACUAAGGUGGCCGCUUAAUGACAUUAUGAUAACAUUGUGCCAUCAGUAGGAGCAGUAACACCAAUGACGGUAACACUAAUGAGAAAUUUUAGGUUAAAUUUUAGGUGAUUUUUUUUCUUCUUAAAUUGAUGCAACAUAUACUCAAAUCUAAAGUCAUUUGCUCUUUGAAAAUCAUUUUUUUAUAUGAUUCAUUUUGCUCACAAUGUCAUUUCCCCUCAUUUUAAAUUGAAUAACACCGAGGGACACUUUGGAUUUCGUGAUAUCAAAGUAUCAAUGGAAUCCUCAAAUUUCUGACAUACAGGGUGUGAUUAAUGAACAAUUCUCUUUAAUAUAGACCCCUCCCGAUAAGUUUACCACUGGAGGGAAUGUUCAAGGGUCUUGUUUAUAUUUGCAAUGAGUGAUUGUCAAGGCUGGAACACUGAAGACAGACACCUGAGGGACAGACGGACUAUUUUAAAAGAAAUAGUUAUUUUAAUAGCCUCCUUUUGUUUUUAUUGAUGUAUACAAUACCAUUUUUUUUUCACUUUCUAGCAUUAAAAAUAAUACAGACAUCUAAAUCCCCAAAACAUAUCUGUACAACUCUACACAUCACGACUGGGACAAUCCAAUUUUCUUACCCUAAGUACUUUAAAAACAAUGCAUAAACAAAGUUUUGCAGUAUAAAAGACAAUAAAUAUGUUUUAUCAUUGAUAAACAGUUAAUGUUUUUGGUUAUAUUGAUGUGUAACUAUUUGUCAUUUGUGUUUUUCAUGGUUGCAAGAGAUGCAAAUACCACCACAAUUCAAGAACGACCCAGUUAGGAUGAUUCCAUUCCUAUUGUAAAAUGCACAUUCCCUAUUCUGUUUGACUUACCACCUGUAUAGGUUUUGAGAGCAAAUGUCGCUAAAUCUUAACUGUGACCCAAGUAAACAGUAUUUGACUUGGAAAAAGUACUAGAGUGAAACAAUCAAUUGACCAAAUCAGUCACGCACUAAAUAUAUGUAGGAGAGAUGUAGGACGUUAUAUUUACAAUCAUGUUUAUUUUAGCGCAAGGGGACUUGAAGUAAAAAUCCUGUAUUACCUCAGACCUAAGCUCUAUGGAGCGCUCUGUUGGGGAAGCUGUUCUCAAAGUCCCGGGGUGUGUUCAAUAAGGACAAAUAGGACUGUUCUCAAAGCGUUCUCAAUCAGAGAGCAAUAAUCACUUUUUUUUCUUUUUUUUGACAUUUUAAUUAAGGGUCUGCUCAAUCAGUCUGUUCUGAUGCUAUCUCUGUCUGUAGUGUUAUUAUUGCACUAAUAUCAGUAGCUACCAUCUCAAUGAUAUACAUCUGAUGUUCAAAAUUGCACAAAUGAAAUGCGCUCACAGCUAGUGUCUGUAAGUGAAUACCAAUGUAUUUCCAGGGACUUUGACUCGAAGCCUUGAAUACAUGUCUACACACCACCAUGUGUCAUAGUCAUGCUGAUACAAAUGCUGUAACAACAUAGAAACAACCCGGAAUCAAAACAGGGGUUUUAUGUGGUUAUCCGUGCGUGUAGUGUUUUGACCCAGUCAGUAUAGGUCACUGCCCUCCUGUUUCUCACAGUAUGUUGUAAUUCUUAUGUUGUAGGAAAGUUCUUCUGAGAGCCAGGAUAGAAAUAAUGAUAUUUUGUUUGUGCAAGUUCUCUUUUUUGAGUGUUUCUCAUGACAUUGGGGCUUGAAGUGCAGGAAACAAAGAACACUGUCAAUACAGGAGUCCAGAAUAAUCUUUUUAUUGAGGAGUUUUUAAAACAUUCAUUGGGAGGUCUGAUAUCCUGAACCCUGAUAUUCUGAAGAUCUUGUAAACCAUUGAACCAUCCCUAAAUUCCCACAUUCUGUCCCUUAAUCUAUAUAACAGAGAUGUUGAUAUAAUGAGAUCUACAGUAACAUUCAAAAGCUUGGAUACACCUAUUCAAUGGCUGUAUCACAACCGGCCGUGAUUGAAAGUCCCAUAGGGCGGCGCACAAUGGGCCCAGCGUCGUCUGGCUUAGGGUUUGGCUGGGGUAGGCCAUCCAUUGUAAAAUACGAAUUUGUUCUUAAUUGACUUGCCUAGUUAAAUAAAUAAAAUAAAGAUGUGUUAUUUCAUAGUUUUGGGGUCUUCAAUAUUAUUCUACAAUGUAGAAAAUAGUAAAAAUCAAGAAUAACUUUUGAAUGAGUAGGCGUGUCCAAACCUUUGACUGGUACUGUAUGUCUCCACCCUUACAAUGGGAUUUGUCCAGAGUGUAGAACGACGGCUGUCCGUCUGUUCCUCUCUUUGGAUUGGUGGAUACAUCCCGUUACUUUAAAACUUUUUAGAAUAUUUGAUGAGGGUUGUUGACGUCAACCGCCUGUAUUCAAUGGAGAGAGAUGCUAUGCUGCUGGCCUCAUGUCAUGAAUAUGCAUACCCAUCUCGAGACGACUCUGAUAUAAAGUGUUGUUUUUCUCAAAGUUGACGGGAUUUCACGUGUCCUACUUAUAUCAGUCUCGUAACAACCUAAACAUUACGAAACUUCGAUUAGAUCAAGUAAACCUCAGGUAGAAAAUAAGCCAUACAUUUUUUUUGUUAACCAAAUUCAACACACUCAUUGACCUCCAUACAAAAACUCCUCGCUUGGUGGGUGAAAGAAACAAAAUAGCACCACCUGCUGGAGAAGACAGAUUUGACCCAGUUAUCCCUCUCGCUUUGUCUCUUCCUCUCUGAUAUAUAUAUAUCUGCUGAAUCUCUGUCUCCCUCACCAAUAAAUAUCUUCUCUGAGAGCAUGA